GUGUGUUCUUACUAAUCGGUCCCCCACGAAUACUGAAAUGGUUUUGGAUAUCACGUUGUAACAGCUAAGUGCGCACUUGUCUUGCUGUUAAAUACUGCACUGUAACUGGAAAGUCUGAAGAUCUGCAGUUCAAACUAGGGCGUUUUCAUCCUCAAAACAGUGAAAUGGUUCCACCGGAAGAGUUUUUGAGUAACAAUCGGAGAUUAAUGGCUGCAGUCGCAAGCUGACACUCUGGUCCAGAUGUUUUGGAAUACAUUGAAGGUAGACGUGGAGAUGUUGGAACUGAUGAAGGGACACAAAGUGCACUAGCAGCCUUAGGACACAAGUGAGGUGUUGAUAUAAAGCCGAAGUACCUAAUAGUCCUACAGCAUAGCAGCACCAUGUUCACGGCAACACAGACGUCCAAGACCCAGUUUCUGGAUAAGGCCAGGCAGGCCCGGGAAGAGAGGAAGGGCUACAAGGAGAAGGAGCGCGCUGCCACCCUUAUGCAGGCACUGGUGCGCAGGUUCCUCUGUCGCUGCGCACUGCAGAAGGAAAUCAGACAAGAGGUUGAUGAGUAUUUUGCAGCUGGUGAAGUGGAAACAAAGAAGAGAAAUGCAUUAUCCUUGUUUAAGAUUGCGCGGAAGUUGCUUUUCGUUUGUGGCAAGGAGGACAAGUUGCGCUUUGAGAAGCUGUGCCGUGCCAUUCUUAGCAGCAUGGAGGGGGAGAAUGACCCGAAAGGGUGGUAUGUUUCACUGGCCCUGUCUAAAGACCUGACCAUCCUGUGGUUGAAGCAGAUUAAAGAUGUGCUGUGGGUGUGCUGUGAAUGCCUCAAGAAGCUCAAGCCUGACAUAAUGCAGGACAGUAAGCUGGUGACCUUACAUCUCACCAUGCUGAUCACCUUCACUGACACGGCUACCUGGAAGAUACUCAAAGGGAAAGGUGAACCUUUCAGGCUGGCCCUGAAUAAGAUGUGUGAGAACAUCAUGGGCCAUCUCAAUCAAAAGGGAUUCUAUUCAGUGCUGCAGAUUCUCCUCACAAAUGGACUGGCGAGAUCCAGGCCCUCGCUCUCGAAGAGCAUGCUAACAGCCAUUUUCACUCUCUCGCUCAGGCCUGUGGUCGCUGCACACUUCUCUGAUAACCUGCUGAGGUCGUUCCUCAUUCACAUCAUGUCUGUCCCAGCUGUGGUGUCCCACCUCAACACACUAACCCCUGAGUGCAUGGCCACCAUGCAUUCCUACGAUCUCCUGAGGAAGUUCAUCUUGUUCCUGAGCAGAGAAGAGCAGUGCCUUGACAUCUGUGUUUGCCUGGAGGGGAGUCACACACUGUGCUUACUAGGUAACCUGAUCCACCUGGGCUACCUGAACGAGAAGGUGCUGGAGGAGGAGGCCAACCACUUUGUGAAGGACCUGAUAGACAUGCUGACCUACUGCCAGGGCUACGUGUCCCAGAAGAAGUCCAACCUCACGCACUGGCACCCGGUGCUGGGCUGGUUUUCCCAGACCGUAGAUUAUGGUCUGAAUGAGUCGAUGCCCUUGGUGACGCGGCAGCUGCAGUACCUGUGGGGAGUGCCAGUUAUCAGAACGCUCUUCUGUGACGUGCUCAGCAAGAAGCUGGAGGCCCAGGAGCCCGCCCAGCCGCUACCCUCUCCACCAACCACGUCGCAGAACAACCUGCCAGUCAAGAACCUGUUCAAGCGGGCGUUCCAGAAGUCUGCGUCAGUGCGGAACAUUCUGAAGCCGGUGGGCGGGAAGAGGGUGGACUCUGUGGAGGUGCAGAAGGUGUGCCGCAUCUGCGUGCUCUACCAGACCGCCCUCACCACCCUCACGCAGAUACGACUGCAGAUCCUCACUGGCCUGACGUAUCUGGACGAUCUCCUGCCCAAGCUGUGGGCCUUCAUCUGUGAGCUUGGCCCCCAGGGCGGCCUGAAGCUCUUCCUCGAGUGCCUCAACAACGACACGCACGACUCCAAGCAGCUGCUAGCCAUGCUCAUGCUGUUCUGCGACUGCUCACGACACCUCAUCACGAUCUUGGAUGACAUUGAAGUGUACGAGGAGCAGAUCUCUUUCAAGAUUGAGGAGCUGGUUACCAUCUCCUCCUUUCUCAACACGUUUGUCUACAAGAUGAUUUGGGAUGGCAUUCUCGAGAAUGCCAAAGGUGAGAAGCUGGAUCUGUUCCACAGCGUGCAUGGCUGGCUCAUGGUGCUGUACGAGAGGGACUGCAGACGGAGGUUCUCCCCCGACGACCACUGGUUACGGAAGGACCUGAAGCCCAGUCUGCUAUUCCAGGAGUUGGAGAAGGGGAAGAGGAGAGCCCAGCUUCUGCUGCAGUACAUACCACAUGUCAUCCCCCACAAAAACAGAGUGCUGCUGUUUCGAAACAUUGUGACGAAAGAGAAGGAGACGCUUGGACUGGUGGAGACGAGUCAGGCCUCCCCUCACGUCACGCACAUCACCAUUCGACGCUCACGCAUGCUGGAGGAUGGGUAUGACCAGCUGCGUCGACUUCCUGUCAACUCCAUCAAAGGCGUUAUCCGCGUCAAGUUUGUCAACGAUCUUGGUGUGGACGAGGCCGGUAUAGAUCAAGAUGGCGUCUUCAAGGAGUUCCUGGAGGAAAUCAUCAAGAAGGUCUUCAACCCGGCUCUAAAUCUGUUCAAGACCACCAGCGGGAAUGAGCGCCUGUACCCAUCGCCCACCUCCAACAUCCACGAGAACCACCUGCAGCUGUAUGAGUUUGUGGGAAAGAUGCUGGGCAAGGCCAUGUACGAGGGCAUCGUGGUUGAUGUGCCCUUCGCAUCCUUCUUCCUCAGCCAAGUGCUGGGUCACCACCACAGCACUUUCUACAGCUCCAUAGACGAGCUGCCCUCGCUAGACUCCGAGUUCUACAAGAACCUCACCUCCAUCAAGCGCUACGAUGGUGAUGUUAGUGACCUGGGGCUGACUCUGUCGUACGAUGAAGAGGUCAUGGGGCAGCUGGUAUGCCAUGAGCUCAUGCCUGGAGGGAAGACCAUGCCUGUCACUAACGAAAAUAAGAUCAGCUACAUCCACCUGAUGGCGCACUUCCGCAUGCACACGCAGAUCCGCGAGCAGACGGCGGCGUUCAUCCGAGGGUUCCGCUGCAUCAUCAACCCCGAGUGGCUGCACAUGUUCUCCACGCCGGAGGUGCAGCGCCUCAUCUCCGGUGACAACGCCGAGAUAGACCUCGACGACCUCAAGAAGCACACUGUGUAUUAUGGAGGUUUCCACAGCAGUCACCGAGUUAUCAUUUGGCUCUGGGACAUCCUGUCCAGUGACUUCACCCCAGACGAGAGGGCCAUGUUUCUCAAGUUUGUCACCAGUUGUUCCAGGCCUCCUCUGCUGGGCUUUGCCUACCUCAAACCUCCCUUCUCCAUCCGCUGUGUGGAGGUGUCUGAUGACCAGGACACGGGUGACACGUUGGGCAGCGUGCUGCGCGGCUUCUUCACCAUCCGCAAGAAGGAGCCCGGCGGCCGGCUGCCCACCUCCUCCACCUGCUUCAACCUCCUCAAGCUGCCCAACUACAGCAAGAAGAGCAUCCUGCGAGACAAGCUGCGCUACGCCAUCAGCAUGAACACCGGCUUUGAGCUCUCAUAACCUCCGGCCAAGACACACACACACCUACACACACACGCGCACACACGGACACACACACCUACACACACACACCUACACACACACGCCUACACACACCUACACACACACGCCUACACACACCUA